AGCUCUCCCGCCCCGCCCGGAAGCGUCCGGCAGGGUCUGGCGGCCAUGGCUGACGAAGAGGAGGACGCGCCGUUUGAAGAAGACGCGGAAGAAGCCGGCGGGGGCCUGGACGGCGGGCAAGGCAAGAGGAAGAGGCUGUUCUCCAAAGAACUAAGAUGCAUGAUGUAUGGAUUCGGGGAUGACCAGAACCCUUACACAGAAUCAGUGGACAUUCUUGAGGACCUGGUAAUAGAGUUUAUCACAGAAAUGACACACAAGGCAAUGUCGAUUGGGCGGCAGGGCCGUGUACAGGUUGAAGACAUUGUCUUUCUAAUCCGCAAGGACCCCCGUAAGUUUGCCAGAGUUAAAGACCUCCUGACUAUGAAUGAAGAACUGAAACGAGCCAGAAAGGCCUUUGAUGAAGCAAACUACGGCUCUUGAUUCUGCACGGAGGCUGCACUGAGGCAUUACUUGGGCACCUGCUGCCCAGAAGGAAGGAAUGUCAUGUGUGUUGUCUGGAGGGGUUAUUCAGGAUGGAGGUCACUGCUAGGAUGUCUGCCCUCGCUCACAGCCUUUUCUGAAAAGUAUUCAAGCAGCUGAAUGUUAUCCGAUUGUAUGCAGUAUACUUACAUAUUUUUAUACCAUUUUAUGAAAUGAGAAGAGAGCUCUAAAGAUUCUUGUAAUGGCAGGAAGUCUGUUUGAAGUAGGACUGUGCUGAAUCGGAUAUCUAGAGGGCUAAUGAUGGGUCAUUCUCUACAACUAUUUCAGUUAUCACUGGGUAUUCCAGUGACAGGAAACCUAGAAAAUGGAUCUUGGUUAACUGGACGGAACUAUACAAGUUCUGCUCUUUGCUCUUUAUAUGCUCUUUAAAUAAAACAUUAAGUUU